UCUUGUGUAAGGAGAUAUCCAUCACUAUCUCUGUCAGCGUUCCUGACACACGACAGCACAGGGAGGCGUAGCUGUACAUCAAGCUUGGCGGCGGACAUACAUUGCUUGUCGUCAGUAAGAUACAACCGGGGAAAAUGAAGAUCUCACACGUGGCUGUGUUUCUAGUUCUCACAGGCGCAGCAGUGGCUCGACACCUGCAGAAGAGAGACUGGGUUCCUCCUCUGGACUGGGAUAGAUGUGAUGAGCUUGAGCGGUGGUGUAAGAACAAUAUGACGAUGAUCAGGGACAUGCUAGAUGGACGGGGACUCAGCAGUUUGGUCAGUAGGGGCGCCUUGACCAUCGACUGCUCGUCCAGUAGACUGGCAGCAAACGCUCAGCGCAUGCGUGAAGCGGGGCAUAUGUGCACCAGCAACCUUGACAUCAACGUCCCGAUUUACACAAAUGUCUACAACUACAUUUGCAACAAGAGCCAAGAGUUCAUACAAGCAGAGGGCUGCUUGAGGAGUGGCGUUGUGUCUGAGACCAGACGUCGGUGCCAUAUAAAUUCCAGAGAUUAUGAGGCCAAAUGCCGUGAAGAGCCUGUUUGCAUCCGGAACAACCUGGGUAAUACAGUACAGUGUUUAAUGUCUAGAGACACACCAGCUCUGAUGGGGAAUAUGUUUGAUUUCAGUGAAGAGCCUGUUUGCAUCCGGAACAACCUGGGUAAUACAGUACAGUGUUUAAUGUCAAGAGACACACCAGCUCUGAUGGGGAAUAUGUCUAGACUAGAAUACAACUCCUUCAUGGACAACUGUCAUUAUUAUAUCGAGUGAGCCAAAUAUGCGAAUGCAGUUGCGUAAAUGUGAAGAGAUCCGAAUUCGGAAUACUUAUCACGGCUGUUGUUUUUCAAAUAAAUGAAAAAUGAAAUUGU